ACCACCAUGUCGAGCAAAAGGGCAAACACCAAAACCACCAAGAAGCACCCCCAGUGUGCAACAUCCAGUGUGUUUGCCAUGUUUGACCAGUUUCAGUUCCAAGAGUUCAAAGAGGCCUUCAACAUGAUUGACCAGAAUUGGGAUGGUUUCACUGACAAGGAGGACUUGUAUGACAUGCUUCCCUCAAUGGCAAAAAAUCCAACUGAUGAAUAUCUAGAUUGGUAUGCCAUGAUGAAUGAGAUCCCAGGCACCAUCAUUUUCACCAAGUUUGGCGAGAAGUUGAAUGGCAUAGAUCCCGAAGGUGUCAUCAGAAAUGCCUUCCCUUGCUUUGAUGAGGAGAUGACUGGCACCUUCCAGGAGGAUUACCCGAAGGAGUUGCUGACAAUCAUGAGCCACCAGUUCACAGAUGAGGAAGUGGAUGAGCUAUCCAAGGAGGCCCCACUGACAAGAAGGGGGAAUUCCAACUACACUGAGUUCACACGCGUCCUCAAGCACAGGACAAAAGACAAAGACGACUGA